AUGGAAACCCUCCCCCGACGUAACCUCUCCCCACGACGGAAUCAUCACCCUUCCGGCCUCCGUUACGAUUCCUCAACGACCAUCGGCGGCCCAUCCCAUCCGUCGGCCAUCCUCCGACUUCACGCCACAGUCUAUCACCACAUUGAUAUAGUUAACCAUGUGAAUGUUUUUGUGGCAUACUGUGUCUAUCACUUUAGUGGUAGAUCUAUCACUGCGGUUGUUGAUCUAUCGCUGCAAUGUCAGAGCAGUGAGUUCCUCGAGAAGUUGUGGAGUGGCGUCGGAUGCAUGCUAGGAAAGACAAAUCGCACGGAGCAGGGAGUAGAGCACAUUCUGGACUACAAGCGAGAGCGAUUAGGGAGCUUGCAAAAUGGAGCAAUGACAAUGAAGAUAUUUAUGGUCCAUCAACUCUUAAUGUCGAAUUUCAACGAAAGUUAA